AGGAUACGAGUCUAUUGUAAGAAUCGUCGCGAAAGCGUUUCUAAAGUUGGGUUUGGAGCGACAUCAUAGUGUUUGCAUAAUGGGAUUCAAUAGUCCAGAAUGGUUUAUUGCCGAUCUCGCGACUAUAUAUGCUGGUGGGAUCGCUACAGGGAUUUAUAUCACAAAUUCUCCAGAAACAUGUCAAUAUUGUGCUGAACACAGUCGGGCAAAUAUAAUAGUCGUUGAAGAUGAAAAACAAUUGCAAAAAAUUUUGCAAAUAAAACACAAUUUAACUCACUUGAAAGCAAUUAUUCAAUAUAAUGGCAUACCUACCAAAAAGGAUGUUUUGAGUUGGGACGAUUUAUUGGACAUAGGUAAAAAAGAAUCGGAGGAUAAAUUACUAUCUGUGUUAAAGACGAUAGGAAUAAAUGAAUGUUGUAUUUUAGUAUAUACGUCGGGAACAGUCGGAAAUCCAAAAGCUGUAAUGUUAAACCAUGAUAAUGUGCUAUUCAAUCUACGAACAUUAUUGCCAUUGCUACAUUUAAAAGAAAAAUCAGAGAUUAUAGUUAGCUAUCUGCCACUGUCUCAUGUGGCAGCACAGCUAAUUGAUAUCGUAAUAAAUAUUACGUUAGCGAGCACAGUAUAUUUUGCGGACCCAAGUGCAUUAAAGGGUACGUUAAUAAAUACGUUACUUGUUGCACAACCAACUUUUUUCAUAGGAGUGCCUAGAGUAUGGGAAAAAAUAAAUGAAAAAAUGCAAGAGAAAGCGCGUAAUAACGGCGUAAUAAAAACCUGGAUUGCUGAAUGGGCAAAAGCACAAGCUCUUUGUUAUUAUACAAAUAAAAUAAAUGGCAUAGACUAUAAACAUUUGGGCUAUGUUUUUGCAAAAUGGCUUAUUUUCGACAAAGUCAAGGCAGCAUUAGGUUUAAACAAGUGUCGAACCUUCGUUUCCUCAGCAGCACCCUUGAAUAUCGAUAUUAAAAAAUAUUUCUUGAGUUUAGAUAUGCCUAUAUUAGAGGCAUAUGGAAUGUCUGAAUGUGGUGGAGCUCAAACAAUAAUUGACAUUGACAAAUAUAGCUUAAAUGGUGUAGGAAGAACUUUACCCGGACUAUGUACAAAAUUGUACAAUAUAGAUGAACACGGCGAGGGAGAGAUUUGUAUGAGUGGACGACAUAUAUUUAUGGGUUACUUAAAUGCACUAGAAAAAACCAAAGAAACCAAAGAUGAAAAUGGUUGGUUACAUAGUGGUGAUCUUGGGAAAUUAGAUUCAAAUGGGAAUUUGUUUAUUUCUG